AUGCUGAUAUUAUUUUUUGUUUUAUUAUUCAACAGUGGAAGCAUUAAGAUAGGCAGCGGAAAAUUUGUUUCGUUGGCUGCACAUUUGUCAACCAAAUACUGUGAGAAGGUGUGGAAUUUGUCAAGAUCACUUGAGCCAGUGGUUGAAGUAACAAAGCUUUCUAGACUGGAGGCUUGGCCUAAGAGCUUUGAGGCAUCAAGGCCCACUGAUGACAACAUUGCGUUGUAUUUAUUGCCCACCGAGAUGAGGCAAGAUGCAGACCUGGAUCAACUUGUUAAAGAAGUCGUGGAGAAUGAUAUGAUCCUACGAGCUAUUGUUGGUGAAGCUGAGAUGCUGAUAUUGCCAUCUAUUCUACUGCCUGAGCAACACCAAACUUUCCAAGGAAAACCCUACCUGUGGGCGGUAUUUAAACGCAGAAUAGUGGAAGAGGAACAACAUGGCAAAGGACGCUGUGCACAGGAGAAAGGAAAACAACAGGCUUCACAUUUCAGUGUGGGAGAAGGGUUAAACAUGGAAGCUGGACUUGAAGCUUCUGAGGAACCGGAGAUGCAAGGCAUGGAGGAGGAACAAAAUCCCAAGUUGGCUGGACCCAACGCGCCGAGUCCUACAACUGAAGCUCCUACCGUGGCUGCAGCUACAAUGUCUGCCAACCACUGUCAAGACCACCCAAACAUGGCUGCUCCUACAGGAGCAUUGUUUGGCUUUGUGGUUCAGCGAACUCCGCGACUCGAGCAACUCAUCCAAGAGAUGCAGCGCGAAGGUGCUGUGAUGGUUGCAAUGCAAGGGCAGAUGAUAGGGCCAGGUCUUGGCAUGGGCAGGCAGUAGCAACAGGAUUGAGAGGAGGACGAUAUGGCAUGGAGGCUGUUAUCGUCCAAGUGGCUAGGCAAGGAAGCUGACUUGGACCCGAGCCUUUGUGUGCACCAUCGCCUGUGCGUGUUUGGAGGAACCCCACUCGUAAGGUUCAGUCUUCUGCAACCUGGUAUUCUAGUUAGAGGUUUAGUUUGGUGUUGGCUAAAAUGCAUUUAAAAGUUAUCAUGUCAGCGCAUGUGUUCUCAGAUGCAUUUUGUUCUUCAGUAUAGUUCUGCUUGCAUCUCCUGCCGUGCUUUUGUCGAACAAGCUUUGGCCUAGUUGCUUUUUGCUUGUAGCAUCGAUUUUGUUUUUUCAUUGUAAUCUGUACUCUCAAUCCAUGCGUUCCUGUAACACUGGCACUG